AAACCGAGUUGACACGGAGUCGAUCACACCUAUAUAAACUCGGCACCUCUCUUCCCCCUCUCCCGCGAAUAUUUAUCUUCCUUAACGUCCAAUUUUUUUAUUUUUUAUUUUUUAUUCUUCUCAUUUUCACCGCUUCGAUUUCACCAAUCCGUCUCUUCCUCUCCAUAAAUUUGAAUCUCUAAUCAGUCACAUUUCCUCCUCUCAGUUUUAGAUAUCCAAAUCUGAAAUUACGAGUUCAGAUCUGGUGAUUACUCAGUAAGAAGUAAUGAGUCGGUACGAUUCGAACCCGUUCGAAGAAGAAGAAGUCAAUCCUUUCGCUGAUCAAGGAGGAAAGGGGAAAGGAUCAGGGCAGUCAAAUUAUGGCGGAGGCGCGUUUUAUAUGCCUAAUCCCGGAAGUGUCCCCCCUGCAACUUCAAGGCUUUCACCCCUUCCUCACGAACCUUAUGAUCGUGGUGCAACCAUAGAUAUUCCCCUUGAUUCUGGAAAAGAAUUAAAAGCUAAGGAGAAGGAACUCCAAGCGAAAGAGGCUGAAUUGAAGAGGAGGGAACAGGAACUAAAACGGAAGGAAGAUGCAAUAGCACGUGCUGGAAUUGUAAUAGAGGACAAGAAUUGGCCACCAUUUUUUCCGAUUAUCCAUCAUGACAUUGGAAAUGAAAUUCCAAUCCACCUACAGAAGAUUCAGUAUGUUGCAUUCACAACAUUUUUGGGUUUAUUUGUCUGUCUUUCAUGGAAUAUUGUAGCUGUUACCACAGCCUGGAUAAAAGGGGAAGGUCCAACAAUUUGGUUUCUUGCUAUCAUCUACUUCAUAUCAGGGGUUCCUGGAGGCUAUGUUAUGUGGUAUCGCCCUCUUUAUCGUGCAAUGAGGACAGAUAGUGCUCUGAAGUUUGGAUGGUUUCUCUUGGCUUACCUGCUUCACAUUGGCUUUUGCAUCUUUGCUGCUGUUGCCCCCCCAAUUGUUUUCAAGGGGAAAUCUCUUGCGGGUAUUUUGCCUGCUAUUGAUCUUAUGGGCAGCCAUGCUUUAGUUGGGAUAUUCUACUUUAUUGGAUUUGGAUUCUUCUGCGUUGAAUCACUCCUCAGUGUCUGGGUUAUUCAGCAAGUCUACAUGUAUUUCCGAGGUAGUGGAAAAGCUGCAGAGAUGAAGCGGGAGGCCGCAACAAGGACCAUGAUGGCUGCCCUAUGACAAGCUCCACUGGACAAAAAUGCUAUUCUUGGAUGGAACUAGAAGACUACGCUUCUUGCCCACUUUUCCCCUUCAUACAUAACGCGUCUUGCUUCAUUAUUAACCUUGUUCAUGUGUUCAUCUUUAAAUACAAUUCCCAAACAAAAGAACUUGACAGAUUAGAAAAUUGAAUAGGAUCGACUUCUAGACUCUAGAGUAUUGUGUUCAGCCGAGACGUCGACAUAGAGGUUGAUACAUUGUGUCUCCCCAUAAAAUGAUUGGCACUGUAUGUGAAUUUCUUUUGCUCUUCUGGUGAUUGUAAAGAGAGGCAAAUGCCGAGAUCACAA